GUUGAAUUAGCCACACUACUCAAUUUAACCAGUUUUUGCAGCAUUAGUGAAACCAAACCAUUUUAAUUAUGGAGCAAGUAUUCCAGUUUAUCCAGAUCCUUGUACCUUUCCUUCUCUUAAUCUUCACAGUUCUGAGAUUAUGGAAGAAAUCACAAGGUAACAACUCAUCAACUCCAACUCCACCUCCUGGACCAUGGAAAUUACCCUUAAUUGGAAACCUUCACCAGCUACUUGGCUCUCUACCCCAUCAAGUCCUAAGAGACAUGGCCAAUAAAUAUGGACCAGUCAUGCAACUUCAAAUUGGAGAAGUUCCCACUGUCAUUAUCUCAUCACCAGAAGCAGCAAAAGAAGCAAUGAAAACCCAUGAGAUCAACUUUGUCGACAGACCAUGUCUCCUUGUUGCAAAAGUCAUGUUUUACAACAGCAAGGACAUUGCAUUUGCCCCAUAUGGAGACUAUUGGAGACAAAUGAAGAAGGUUUGCGUAUUGGAGCUACUUAGCGCGAAACGUGUAAAAUCAUUCAGAUCAAUCAGGGAAGAAGAGGUAUCAAAUUUUAUUAGAACCAUUUAUUCAAGAGCAGGUUCGCCAAUCAACCUUAGCAAAAUGAUGUUUGAUUUAUUAAAUGGCAUCACUGCAAGAGCAAGUGUUGGUAAGAAAUACAAGCACCAAGAAGCAUUCUUACCGAUUAUUGAGCAAGUGAUAGAGGCAAUAGGAGGUACGAAUAUUGCAGAUGUAUUCCCUUCCUCUAAGCUGCUGUACAUGAUCAGUAGGUUUAGGUCUAGGCUCGUAAGGUCGCAUCAAGACGCAGAUGAGAUCCUAGAAAACAUUAUAUAUGAACAUAGAGUCUGCAGGGAAGUGGCAAAGACUGAUGAAGAGAGUGAAGCGGAGGAUCUUCUGGAUGUUCUUUUGAAUCUCCAGAAUCACGGGGACCUUGGAUUCACUUUGACAACAGACAGCAUCAAAGCAACCAUCCUGGAACUAUUCACCGCUGGGAGUGAUACAUCAUCAACAUUAAUGGAAUGGACAAUGUCCGAAAUGUUUAGAAAUCCGAGGGUAAUGCGAAAGGCACAAGAGGAAGUGAGGCAAGUCUUUAGUAUUACUGACGAUGUUGAUGAAACAAGUCUUCACAAUUUGAAAUUCUUGAAGCUGAUUAUCAAAGAAACUCUGAGACUACAUCCUCCAGCUCCUUUUAUUCCAAGAGAAUGCAACAAGACGUGCGAGAUUAAUGGAUAUGUCAUACAGGCCAAAAGUAAAGUGAUGAUCAAUGCGUGGGCUAUUGGAAGAGAUUCUGAUCAUUGGACUGAAGCUGAGAAAUUCUAUCCAGAGAGAUUCCUAGAUAGUUCGAUUGAUUAUAAGGGUACUAAUUUUGAAUUCAUCCCAUUUGGUGCUGGGAAGAGGAUGUGUCCUGGCAUUUUAUUUGGUAUAGCUACUGUCGAGCUUCCACUUGCGCAGCUGCUAUACCAUUUCGAUUGGAAACUUCCAAACGGAGACCUUUUAGAAGAUCUCGACAUGAAUGAAGUUUUUGGGGGCACGGUUAGAAGGAAACAUCAACUCAACUUGAUUCCCAUUCCCUUUUAUCCUUCGCCCUUGCAAUGAAGAAAAUCUGCCAAGAUUUUCACCUAAAAUAUUGUUCCUACAUAAACUCUACAUGUGCUUUGAACUGCAUUAAGUUCAACUUGUACCAUAAGCAAUAAAUUCAUUAUCUUCAAAACA